AUGUCGGGAUCUUUCGCGCAAUCCGAACACCCGUAUUCAGACCUUCCAUACCCGUUCGGGGUCGUCGCUCAAGAACUCUACCAGAGAAUGCGGACCUACUCCGACUCUGCCCAGAAAGCCGCCGUCACCAUCACAUCCGAGUACUGUCCCCCAGCCACAAUCAAACCUUUCGAAGCGAACAAGCGUGCCAAUCCCGAGAUAUCUUUGCCCAAAAGCCCGGUCCAAGAACGAGAGCAGGAGAAAGAGCGUCAAAGGAGGGAGGAGGCGAGACAGCUAGAAUCCGCACGACAGGAAGAAGAGGAGAGUCGAAGAGAGCUGGAGGUUCUGAAAGCCAGAGCAGAGGAACAGCGGAUACGGAAACAGGCAGCUCACAGAGCAAGAACGGAGAUUAUUGCGCGCAAGCGAGAGGAAUGGAUGCAUCGAUCCCGCAAAGCUCAAGACCUCAGCGAAGAGAUCAACAAUUUCCCAUUACACGACAAGGCCAGCAUCGAUCGUUACCUGAAGCGCUGUCGUCUGCUCGAAAGGGCAAAGCACCUGGAGUCCCAACUUACAGAGUGGUACAGCGAAGGGGGUCUCAAUGAGCGAACCAGAGACAUUGGCAACUCGAUUUACUUCGAUGUGAGGGAGGCGCUCAGCGACGAGAAUCUCGCGCCGAUCCUGCGAGAGCUCAAUGACUCGGAGCGCUACUGGGCCUACUUGCGGAACCCAGACAUUGUCAAAGAUGAGAAGCCCGGGGCGUCCUUGCCGACCAGGGUCAGACUCCGAUUGUACGAGAUCUUGUGGCUUCGCAACCGAGUGAUUGACACGGCUUGGGUGAUUUCAAUGACAUUGCACGAUCUCCGACAAAUACGAAGGCUCAAGGCUCAAGUACUGUGCUCGGCGGAAAUUUACAGCCACCACAAACUCACCUACCCGCUGCAGCUACUGGUCAAUACGAUAGGCCUAAAUGCGGAGCGCAUCAUGGAGGACUACUUCCAUCUGAGACGCAUGUCGGGGCUUUUCUACAAGCCCUCGUCGCGGCGCUUGUUGAAGCUGUUUUACGAAAGCCCGUUUCUCUUCCACGGCGCGAAGCUGCGCUGGCUGAGCAGGAUUGCGAUUCGUGAUGUGCGACAGAACCUUGAAGAACUUGCAGACACCGCCCUCCAGAGGGAUCUGUUUUCCAAACUGCGACCUCUGAUUGCACACAAUCGAGAUUUCGUGGGCCUUCAAAGCUCUUACGCUGGCCUGUUGACCCUGCUCAAAAUCCCCUCCCGUUCCCCACCAGCUCGGCUGAAGAUGAAGCUGGAAGAGGCGUACGGCCAUCUCUCCGACACUCAACGUGACGUUCUGCUCCUGACCGAGUUCGUUAUGCUCUGGUCUGGUGUUCGCAAGCUGUGUUCGGAUAAACCGAACCUUGAAGAAGGCCAUCGUUUGCUGGCAGAGAGAAGUGAUUCUGCCCCGACUGCUUCGUCUGUCGCUCGCUAUAGUGCCGCACAGCUUCGAGCUACUGUCAAGCAUGGCGUACCCUGGCAGACUACUACUUCACUGUAUCCUCUCGGUACGGCGAUCCCAAUCCACUACGUCCUUACGUACUCGGGGCUCCGGAUGGUGUUGCCACGGUUCACUGGCUGCAAGGUCCUGGGCUUUGACACGAUACAGACCGCCAAAACUCAGGGCACUCGCUUGGUCGAAUUUCUGAUUCUUGCAAGUGACCACGAGGUGGCGAUUAUCCAUAUUGCAUUGAUGAACCAGUUGUCCCUCAUCUCGAAGGAGCCCUUUGUUGAUAUCAUGCAAGACGCUUCGAUUUUGAAGGUCGGUGCUGACGUCGAAAACCAGAAGCAGUUGUUGGUGAGCGGUCCGUCGAUUGAAUUGGACGGCGCUGUCGAGCUCUGUGAUCGUCUCAGCUAUGUCUCCCCUUCUAGUGCGUUAUCGUCCAAGGACCGGUCAGGGAGUAUUCUGUCAGCAAUGGCUUCCCAGGUCUUUGGCUGCUCUUUGCCGGCUAUCGACCUUCCACGGGCGUUGCGAGAUCUGCUUAUAGGGACAGAAUUUCGUGCCAUUAGAAGGGUCGGAUCAAUCGAACCUCUCCAGUUUCUUCAUCAUCUCGCCUCGCGCGCCUAUGCUGCACUGCAACUGUACCGAGUUACUGACAACAAGGAGAUGGCACCGGUAUCUAGCUCUUCGGUUUACUCCAACGUUGAUGGUCUUUCACUGGGCCCUGUCUUGGUAUACAGGCAAUCAGGGGUAAACGACGACGGCUUGCCCAGACAACGAUGGCUGCCUCGCCAACGGCUGCUACAUCUUGCCAGCAUUGCAGAACACUGGGCUACAUCAAUCUUCUGGGCAAGAGUACACACAAAAGACUUCAAAAAGCUUUCGAGGCGAGAGCAGAAAGUCAAAAGAGAAAAAGCCAUCAGGAGGCUGACGGCCUAUUGCUUGUUCACGACAUUCAACGAGCGAUUGGAUACAAUUCAGCGGUAUACAGGGAUGCGCUUGGUCGCAACUGAGAUUCUUGCCAUUGUUGAUGAGGCAAAGCUUCCCUUGCGCUCAAGGGAUAUUGAAUUACUCGACUUUUGGCGAAAGUGGAAGCGCGAGGAGAAUCUCUCUCAGGACGAACUGGUUUCUGCAGAUCUCGCUCAUGGUCAUGAAGCCACCGCUUCCUCGGACUCGCCGAGCUGGGGAUCCAGGCGGGAAACGCUGAGCCCAGUUUACCCGCCUCAGGACCAUGCUAUCAAGUCAAUAGGCACACAGCCAGCUUCUGGAUAUCAAGGCGCAGCUCACGCGGAGCAGUCACUGCGGCGCUUGCCUCAGGGUCUACGUAGGUUGCCACACGAUGUCACGCCUCGUGCACUACAAAAGAAGAUUCGGGACCCUUCAACAAUGUCAAAGGCGCCACUCUCGCAUACCACCAAGGCAGGACCGUCCCCACUCCUCUCCAAGCCAGUCCGGAGUGCUCCCUCCCCAAAGCCACGUCUACGCAGUGUAGACUUAUCUGCUGCCCCAGAUUUCCAGAUUUCAACUGGUACGCGAAGCAGUCUGACAGGAGGGCAAAGAAAGCAGCAGACGAAGCUAGAAUCAGGGCAAAGGAAUGACUAG